AUGGUGCGGCCUAUAAUUGACAAUGUUGCCGCUGAGGGCGUUUCCUACUAUACUCCUGCCCAAGAGCCCCCGGCUGGCACGCAACUCGAGGGGUCAACCAAGUUAUUUAGCCCUAUUUCUAUCCGCGGUGUGACGCUCCCGAAUCGCCUGUUCCUGGCUCCUCUUUGUCAAUAUUCGUCAAAGGACGGUUAUGCCAACGACUGGCAUCUGACGCAUCUCGGCGGAAUCAUCCAGCGCGGACCGGGCCUAGCAAUCAUGGAAGCGACCGCAGUGCAGAGAGUCGGCCGCAUCACACCACAGGAUCUCGGGCUAUAUGAAGACGCUCAUAUUGAGCCACUGAAGCGCAUCACAGAGUUUGCUCACGGCCAGAAUCAGAAAAUCGCCAUCCAAUUGGCUCACGCGGGUCGGAAAGGUAGCGCAGUGGCCCCUUGGUUGAGCGGCAACGCCAUGGCGGUCACAGAAGUCGGGGGAUGGCCAGACGAGCUCGUCGCUCCAUCAGCUAUCCCCCAGGAGGAGGGCGUCAACACUGUGCCUGCGGCGCUGUCCUUGGAGGGGAUCGAGGCAUUGAAGAAUGACUACGCGGCGGCUACUCAAAGGGCUCUCCGGGCAAAUUUUGACGCGAUCGAGAUUCACGCCGCCCACGGGUACCUCCUGCAUCAGUUCCUGAGUCCGGUGAGCAAUCGGAGAACGGAUCGGUAUGGGGGCAGCUUUGAGAACAGGAUUAGGCUACUGUUGGAGGUUUGCGAUGUCGUUCGGGCUACGGUGCCGACAUCGACGCCUGUUUUCGUGCGCAUCAGUGCUACCGAUUGGUUUGAAUUCGAGGAAAACUUGAGACAGGAGUUCCCUGAGACCUGGACACUUGCUCAGUCUGUACGGCUGGCACCUCUUCUUGCGGACCACGGCAUCGACCUGGUGGAUGUCAGCUCUGGGGGUAUUCAUGCCAAAUCUGCCAUCGCCAUUCGGUCCGGGCCCGCCUACCAGGCGCAUUUUGCUCGAGAGAUCAAGAGGGCAGUGGGUGAUAGACUCCUAGUCUCAGCCGUAGGUGGCAUCAAGACAGGUUCCUUGGCUGAGGAGGUGCUGCAGUCCGGCAUUGAUGCCGUCCAGGCGGGACGUUGGUUCCAGCAGAACCCGGGCCUGGUUCGCGCAUUUGCCAAUGAAUUGGGUGCCAAAGUCCGGAUGGCAACUCAGAUUGACUGGAGCUUUGAAGGACGUGGCAAGAAGGCAAAGCAAAGUUCGCUUUGA